GUAAGGAAGUUUGGUUCCUGUCGUGAGACGUGGCCUCCGGAGGAGGUGGUUCCCCUGCAGCUGCCGCAUCAGUUUAGCCGCGGCGGAGUACGGAGCUGGAUGGCAGGGAUAGUCUGGAGCAAAAACCUCGGGAUUACAAUGUCCUUUCUGCGUCAGCUGCAAGUGGUGGGCAUGGUGAAGCAGCCAUGAAGCUUCGGGCCUGGAGCCCAGCUUGGGGUACAGCUGUGUUGCUCAGCAGCGCUGCCCUUUUUUUCAUUUCAACAACGGCGUCUAGCCACCAAUCCAACGCCAGGAAGAUGUCCCAGGCCACUGUGGUGCAGGCGGUGGCGGGUCCCUGGUCUACCGAGGAGUUGCUGGGUCUACAGGUGCUGUUGGACCUCUUUUGCGGGGAGAGGGGAGAUGCUUUUAUCUGUUCCCUCAUUGGAUCUAUUGUGGUGGGGCUCAGUGGGAUUUUCCCCUUGCUUGUCAUCCCGAUUGAAGCAGGAGCCGCCUUAAAGACUGAAGCUGGCUGCCAGAAACUAAAGCAGCUCCUGAGCUUCGCCGUUGGAGGUCUGCUGGGUGACGUCUUCCUGCACCUGCUGCCAGAGGCAUGGGCCUAUUCCUGCAGCACAGAUGGGGGCCAUCAGCAUCACAAGAUCCAGGGCCUGUGGGUCAUUGUGGGCAUGCUGUCCUUCCUUGUGCUGGAGAAGAUGUUCCCAGAUGAGGAGAGUCAGGACGAUCCUUCGAUCUGCUCGUGCUCAAAAGUCAACCUGUAUGCUAAGUCCAGCUGUGGGCAGACGAUCAGUUCGCCGGAGAGGUGGGCCACACACACGAACGGGCACUGUCCCGACGGCCAUUCUGCUCUGGAGACAAAGGGCACGCCGCACCGAACUCCAGAGAAAAUAAAGACGAGUGGAUAUUUAAACCUCCUGGCCAAUUGCAUUGACAACUUUACUCAUGGGCUGGCAGUCGGGGGAAGUUUCCUGGUCAGCAAAAAAGUCGGUGUCCUGACAACAUUUGCUAUUCUUCUUCAUGAAAUUCCUCAUGAGGUGGGGGACUUUGCCAUUCUGCUGAGGGCGGGGUUUGACCGUUGGAGGGCAGCCAAAAUGCAGCUGUCCACGGCUCUAGGGGGGGUUCUGGGUGCUUGUUUUGCUCUCUGUGCUCAGUCUCCCAAAGGAGCAGGAAAUUCUACAGCCUGGAUCCUACCAUUUACAUCAGGCGGCUUCCUGUACAUCGCUUUAGUCAACAUAGUGCCAGACCUUCUCCAAGAGUCUAACCCCAGGUGUUCGCUGUUGCAGAUCCUGUUACUGUGCUGUGGGAUAGCAGUCAUGGCCGUCUUGUCCACUGUGGUGGACUGACACUCUGGGUACGGUCCCACUGCCAAAAGAGACACCCCCCCCCCCUUCCCCCCACACAUACACACACACUUCUCAACUUCAAUGUGUCCAGUGGAAAUGAUGUUGCAGGAAGUCAGUUUGUUCCCACGCAAAGGUGACUUGGGGCUGCGGCCAGUGAUGCCAUUGCAAUGGAAGCGGACAGACAAUCGGAAGCUUGAGAGGCCUUGUUUUUGUUUGUUUUGGUUUUGUUUUGUUUUUGAACAUGCACUCCAAUGAGGGAGCCAUGCCAGAGGUGGACGUGCCGUGAGUGUGUGUGGUGCCCUGGAAGGAAUCAGUGUGCUGCUCAUCCAGCCCGCGGCACCACACUCCCCAGGAGCACUACUGAAGUGAACACUCAAAGAUGCGUCGUUUGUUUCCCAAAAUGUUACUCUUCGCCUACACACCAAUACCCACAGGUACCACUACGUGGAUAUGGCUAAAUGUAAUAUUUUCUCAUCAGUCUUGCAUACAUAACAGCUUUACUUCAAACAUCUGUUAACCUUUGCCAAUAUACUGAUUUACUGUCUCCUUAGCUGUUGAUAUUGGUGAUCUUGUUUCACAGUCCUCAUUAGCACUGUCAGUUAUGUUCUGUUUAUUUAUAUAUCCUGUCAUAUAAGAUUUUGUAUGUUCAAGCAUAUUCAGGUGCCUUUUUUGUUAGAUUCUGUGGUAUUCAGCAAGCAAACGGCAUGUUGUCAAUCUAAGGUCAAAUCGCACCUGCUGCUUACAGUGUCACUGGAGAGUUUAGAUACGCUCAGCAAUUUUGUCGAUGCACAUGUCCAAAAUUUUCUGUAUCUAUAUUUCUUGAGUGACACUUAUUUUGGCUCAGUGUUAGCCCCUGGGAAGGUAUAUAUAUUAGUUGCAUUAAAGAAACUCAAAAGCUUUUAAUAAAAUUAAUUACUAUAAUUUAGUCUUUGUGUGUACAGUCCUACUGCAUCAUUAACGCUCAAAAAAGACAUUGAAGAAUGAAAGGGUUGCUUUCCCUGUAUGUAGAACUAGAAUAUGCUACAGCCAAAUCCCUAUGAUCUUAUUUUAUUACAGAUUUUAUUCUUAUGUGGGUGUAUAACCUUCACUCCCAUAAAACGGUAACAUUUAAGAGCUAGCAAUUUUCCCUUUUUUAAUUUGCGUGUUUGUGAAAUGCACACUUUAAUCUCAUAGGUUCAUGUGGAAUUUUCUUCUGGAUAGGUUAGUGCUUAAAGACAGCAGUAUUUUAUGAAAUGCUUAUUAGUCUGGUUUUUCUGUGAUUUCACUCAAUUUUUCAUUCAACAAGAGCAACUGACUUCUGCUGUGCUGCUAUGACACUUUAGUAAUGGAAUAGACUGCUUUUCAAAGAUGAAUAUUUUGCUUUAAGUACAUAUUUUGCUUUAUGUGUACCAGUCUGUAAAUAAACUCUUUUGUCAUACAAAUCAAA